UGCGUUUCAUUUUAUGUAUAGGUGCUGUUGUAUUACAACGAACUGAAGAGAAAGAAGAAAAUAAAAUAUUCAAUUAUUAUCUUGGGUCUGACAGUGAACUAAAUGAUCUCUUAACCAUAAAUUUUGAUCAUGAUAAAUAUAAUUUAGAUAAGCCUAAUGUAAAUAAGUAUGGGAAAUUAUAUAUGAAUGGAAAGGAAGUAUUUAAAUAUACUAUAAGCAAUAUACCCAAAAUUUUAAAAAAAGCUAUACAACAUUCAAAUAUAAAUAUUGAAGAUAUAAAUUAUUUUAUAUUUCAUCAAGCUAACAUCAGAAUUAUAGAAACAGUAGCCAAAAAUUUAAAUAUACCUAUGUCAAAGGUAUUAGUAAAUCUAGACGAGUAUGCAAAUACUUCAGCAGCUUCCAUACCUUUAUGCUUCUCUGAAAAUAUUAAAAAUGGUAAAAUAAAAACGAAUGAUAUAAUAUGUAUGUGUGGAUUUGGAGCUGGAAUGUCAUAUGGAUGCGUUAUACUUAAAUAUUAA